GAUUAGGCCCGGCUCUGUGUGCCUGAAAUCCUGUGUGAUUAGCACAGGCAGAGCUGAGAUGAUACGGAAUUAAGAAGGGACACGGUGCACAGACAUGGACUCGCUGUUACAGCUCGCGCUCUGAAACACUCCUCCAGGGUCGUAGAUGAGAUGUCCUAUCUCAAACCUUCUGGGAAGGAGUUGGAGAGAUUUGACGGCCUGUCGCUGAUCUACUGGACACUAAUGGGUCCUUACGGAAUAGACAGAUCUGUGUACUGCAUGGAGUUCAAUGACUGCGCCAAUGGAUUGGGAAUCAAGGUCAUUGGAGGAUCGCGGGAAUUUAGCAGAGAAGAAUACGGAGUUUAUGUGAAAAGAAUUCUCCCUGGAGGUGUGGCCUUUAACGACGGGCGGCUCCAGCCUGGAGAUCAGAUUCUGGAAGUGAAUGGAGAAAGUUUGCUGGGAGUGUCCAAUGAGAGAGCUGUAGACAUUUUGCGCGCUGCGUCAGCCUCCAGCUACAUGAGACUCAUCAUCGCUCGGGAUGAUGAGGCAAGAAAGGAAUUCUCAGAACUGCUGGAGAAAUGCAGCUCCCACAGUGACGGGUCGUCUCGGAGUUCUCCCAUAUUGCACGGCAGUCGCUAUCUGGAAAGCACAUCCUCGGAGUCCUCGUCCCGCUCCCAGAGUCCUUUGCUGCAGAGUCCCGGCAGCUGCCACAGCCAGUUUGGAGGCACGAGUAGCCUUUCACCGUAUUCCAUGGCAAGUGACUCAGGAAUCCAGAAUAUCUCCAUCCUCCGGUCUACCGGCCUGGGUCUUGUGGUUAGCGGUGGCUCCAAUCGCCAGGAGGGGCCCAUGGUCUACGUACAGGAGGUGCUUCCAGAUGGAGACAGCUUCAGGGAUGGACGCCUUAGGCCAGGUGACCAGCUGGUCUCCGUCAAUAAAGACUCGCUGAUCGGAGUCACCAACGAGGAAGCCAAGAGGAUACUGAACAGGUCCAGGCUCAGACAGGACAGCUGCAUCGCGGUGUCCUUUAUCCCGAGCGCAUUGCGGAUGUUAGGAGGCAAUAGUUCUGCGCCACCGCAGCACAGGAUGCUGGGAAACGGGCUGCCCUCCUGCAGGCUGAAAGUCCACGUCCGAUCUCCAGAGUGCCGACAUGAAAACAAUGUGCCUUCACCUUCCCCUGAUAUCUGUCCUCCUGCACUAACCAUUUCAGUUCCUGUAUCCUCACCGAUUCACAGGCCACCAUCCCUCAAGCAGAAAGUCAUGAUGGAUCCUCACGUCCGGAUCAAAGAGGAGAAAGUCGAACUGGUCUUGCAGUUUCUGGGGUUGGUGGUCCCGGAAGAAAAAAGGAGAGAAAUCCAUCGGGGCCUGAUCACCGACUGCCAGGGCACCGUAGCCUAUGGAGACUUGCUGCAGGUUCUCCGUGACUGUCUGCAGGAUGAAUUGGAGGAGGCAAGCCUAGAUGCCAGCUGCCUGCUCUUCACCCAUUGUGAAGUGGCCAACUUACUCGACACCUCCGCGUUCCACUCCCUGGUCACCAAGGAGGAAGACAUACCAAGGUUCUCCGACAGCUUAGAACUGGAACAGCUGCAGGAUGAGGUGUCAGAAUUGAGGCAAGAGGUCCGCCGUCUGAAGGCGCUGCUGGUAGACGUGGAAACCAGUAAGAAAGUGACAGAAGAGGAACUCCAAAGGAUGAACCAGAAAGUCCUGGGACUCCUGUCUGAGAACCGCUGUCUUCACAACAAACUGGAGGUGGCCGACGUUGCUCAGCAUCAGGCGCACAGUGCUGAACAUGACUACGAGGAGGUCAUCCAUCUUCUGGAGACUGAAAUUACGGAGCUUAAGAAACAGUUGUCAGGGAAGAAGCCGAUGACUCUGGAAGUCAACGAGGGCUCGGAUUUAAACAGACGGGUAUCUUUGUCAGACUGUCAGUUGCGCAAAUCUGAAAUCACUCGCAAACACCUGGAAGUGUCCAAUAAGAAACUACUCAACUUUGUACAGAAAAUUCAGACACUUUUAACUUCAGUCCAGCUUCAUGAUGAGAAAAGGUGUGAAGAAGUGGAGCCCAGCUAUGAUGGCAAUGCGUUGAAUGCCUGCUUGCCCUCUACACAGCUGCUGGUUACAGAAGUCAGCGAUAUCCUAGAAUCUUGUACUGCCUGUCCACUGUCUUGUGCUGACCCCCAAAAGAACAGACGGCGAUCACAUGAACCAGGAGCCUCCAGUUCAAGUUGGCAAUCUCCGCCAAGAAGCACGCGGACGCACAGCCUUAGCUGCAGCGAGGAAGUGUUAUACCUAACCAAAGGCUCAAAGGACAAGCCAAAAUAGAUAUAUGUGGCCUCUUGGUCUGCUGGUGGGUAUGGACUACUUAGAGAACCCGAAAAGUGGAAGUAAACCCUCCUAUCGUUUCAGCCAAAGAAAGCGGACAUCUUGGCCUCUGUUUAACCUACAACUGCC